CAACCACCCGAGACGGGUCAAUGGAGAAACCGGAAGUGCAGUUUUAACAGCAUCCGUUCCCCGGUAGUAGUUUGACAGCUUUGUAUUGAAUAAUACUUGUGAAGAUGGCGCUUCGGCCAGGAGCUGGAGCCGGUGGUAGCGGCGGAGGCGGCAGCUUUAUGUUUCCAGUAACUGCAGGGAUUGGACCAUCCCAAGGUAUGAUGCCUGUGCAACAGCAACCUCAUGGGUUUCCUAUUGUACCAAUGAUGCAACCAGGCAUGCAAAAUAUGAUGGGAGUAGGUUUUGGCUCUCAGGUUCCCCAGCCAGCCCUAAUUCAGGGUGGAAUGCCAAUGGGACCAAUGCAAGCAACCGGAAUGCCUUUCAUGGGGCAGCCUGCCUUUCUGGGAAUGCGAACUCCUACUCAACAGUUUAUCCCUGACAUGCAGAAGCAGUUUGUAGAAGAGCAACAGAAAAGGUUUGAACAGCAACAAAAAAUGUUAGAGGAAGAAAGAAAGCGGCGGCAGUUUGAAGAACAGAAACAGAAAUUAAGGCUGUUAAGCAGUGUUAAGCCAAAGACUUGUGAAAAAAGUAGAGAUGAUGCAUUGGAAGCAAUCAAAGGAAAUUUAGAUGGUUUUUCCAGAGAUGCCAAAAUGCACCCAACUCCGGUAUUGCAUACAAAGAAAACAGAUUUUCCCUCAUCACCCCAUUCUUCUGUAUCUGUAUCCUCACAUGCUACUCUUCUUGGUGCUGAUGAAGAAUUCAGUGAUUUUGUCCAAGGGCCUGUCAAAGUUCCUUCAGUCCCUUCUAUGCCCUCUUGUGUUUCUGGCCCUGUUGGGCAGAUGCUGUCAGAGCAGGCUGUAACUGUAUCACAGCGUUCUCCUGUAAGAUCACAAGGGUCUACAUCUUCACAUGGUACCAAUGAAACACUUACAGUCCAGUCCACCUCUACAACUAAGUUUUCUGCACAAAAAAGAGUUGGUGUUGGAAUCUUCCCCACAACAGAUCCCGUACAGCAGAUGUUACCCUCAUGGAUUUAUAAUGAUAGUCUUAUCCCAGAACUUUAUAAGGUUGUUUUAGAUUCAAGCAUGACACCUACUGGGAUAGAUACAGCCAAACUGUAUCCUAUUCUAAUGUCUUCAGGACUUCCCAGGGAGACUUUGGGGCAGAUCUGGGCAUUAGCAAAUCGAACAACUCCUGGGAAACUGAUAAAAGAAGAACUUUACACUGUUCUUGCUAUGAUAGCUAUUACUCAGAGAGGUGGCCCAGUCCUAAGCACUGAUGUACUGAACCAGUUUUCCUCUGCCCCUGUACCAACUUUGAGUGGAUUCCCCAUGAGUCUCUCAUCCACAGUAAAUCAACUACAUAUAGCACCGACAAGUUCUGCGGCACCUAGGCCUGUUAAUAUUGCCCCACCAGUGAUCUCAUUGAACAGACCAACUUCAGGGGUAGUUGCGCCUCAAAACACUAUGAUGCAUCCACUUCCUACCCAGCAGUGUGGUAAAUCAGAAGAUGAUGAUUUUCAGGAUUUCCAAGAUGCCUCUAAAUCUGGACCCAUUGAUAUUUCCUUCUCUGAUUUCCAGAGUGAUAUUUCAGUGAAACCAACCACUUCUCAAUCUGGCAUAAGUGCUCCUCCAAUGCUUAUACCCAUGUCGGGAACAGCAGAAACUGCGUCUUCUUCCUCUGAUAAGUAUGCAGUCUUUAAAUCUAUCAACAUGGAUAAAUCUUCUGAAAACCCAUCUACGUUUGCAGACUUUGAAGACAAGUACCAUGCCUUCAGAGAGCUGGAGAAGCCACCAGAAAACAAGUCAUUUGGGGAUGGCUUUGCAGACAUUAAAUCUGGAGCAGACGAUGGAUUCACAGACUUUAAAACCGCAGACAGCAUAUCUCCACUAGAUCCUUCAGCAAAAGAUUCUCAUCUCCCUUCACCAUUUACCACUGUUCAACACAAAUCACCAACACAAACAUCAUUUAAUGUUGCAGAGCUUGACCCUUUUUCUUCUGUGACUGUUUCAUCAACCAUUAAUUCAUUUCCCUUUACAGCCGCAUUCCCUUCGACUACUUCAUCAUCCCCUGUACCACCCCUUCCUUCAUCAUCUUCAUCUCUGACAGCAUCUUCCUUUAAAACCUCUUCCGUGCCUGACGAUUUUGGAGAUUUCAGUCUUUUUGGAGGGUCUGCAAAUGCCGGAUCCACCAGCAGUCAAAAUGACUUUGCAGACUUCAUGGCUUUCAACAGUGACACUAGCUCUUCAGAACAAAAAAAAGAAGAUAAACCUAAAGCGAUUAAACUAGAACCCAGUCCGUUGGGCCCACAAACGUUUACCGCUCAUACUACCCAGGCAAUACAACCUGCUUCUUCAGCUGCAGACAAGUACGACAUAUUCAAGCAGCUGUCUUUGGAAAACUCUGGCCUUGCAUAUGAUGAAAGUAAAUACACAAUUCCUUCCAUGAAAAAUGAUGAUGACUUUGCUGAUUUCCAAUCUGACAAGUUCACAAUAGCAGAGACAAGCUCUGAGAAAUCUUUUGUGGAUAAAAUUGCUUCAUUCAAACAGGCCAAGGAGGACUCUGCUUCUGUGAAGUCCCUUGAUCUUCCCUCUAUCGGUGGCAGUAGCGUUGGGAAAGAAGACUCUGAAGAUGCGCUCUCAAUCCAGUUUGACAUGAAACUGGCAGAUGUGGGUGGAGACCUGAAGCACGUCAUGUCUGAUAGUUCUUUGGAUUUGGCGUCAGUUAGUAGUCAGCAUCCGCCCGCAGCAGAUGAUUUCAAAAGCGUGAAUGACCGUAACGACUCUGCAUUAAACAUCCUGACAAGCUACGAUUGGUCGGAGAAAGACAACAUAAUAAACCAGAACAAAAAACAAUCGGACAUCUUCCUUAGCUCAGACAGUAGUGCUAUGGGCGCCUCUACUUUGAUCUUCCAAAAGAAAGAGACUUCGUUCGGCAGUUCUGAAAAUAUUACUAUGACGACCGUUUCAAAAGUAACUACUUUCUCAAAUGAAGACUAUCUUCAGGAGAUCAAAAUGCCAGGUAGUACAAGCACCAGAUUGUUUGCUGAGGACCCAAGUAGUGACAUUCUCGGGAAUGGCCUGGAGAACGGUUCUGCUUUGGAACAUGGCUCUGUAGAUCCAGAAAAAAAUUCCUCUGGUAUAAAAAGUACAGAUGACUUUGGGGAAUUCCAGAGAGAAAAGCCCAAAACAAGUAAAUUUGAUUUUCUAAUGGCCACGGCACAAGGCAAAGUGAAAUCUAGUGAAGAGAUGAUUAAAAGCGAGCUUGCAACUUUAGAUUUAUGUUCCCAAGGAUCCCAUAAACGAAGUUUAAGCCUUGGAGAUAAAGAAAUCAGCCGAUCCUCCCCUGCUCCAGACCAACCUUUUAGAGACCGUUCUAACACGCUAAGUGAAAAGCCGGUUUUACCAGUGAUACGGGAUAAGUACAAAGAUCUUACAGGGGAGGUGGAGGAAAGCGAGAGGUAUGCAUAUGAAUGGCAGCGUUGUUUAGAAAGUGCCCUUCAGGUGAUUAAAAAAGCCAAUGAUACACUUAAUGGAAUCAGCAGUUCGUCUGUGUGUACGGAAGUCAUUCAGUCUGCUCAGGGCAUGGAAUAUCUGCUUGGUGUGGUGGAGGUCUACAGGGUUACCAAAAGAGUGGAACUGGGAAUAAAGGCCACAGCUGUGUGUAGUGAGAAACUGCAGCAUUUGUUGAAAGAGACUGAAAAAGUGUGGAACAACCUGAUAAGCUUUAUGUCAUUAGCAGCACUCAUGCCUGAUGAAAGUGCACUCGAUUUUACUUCUUGUGUGUUACGACCAGGAAUAAAAAAUGCUCAAGAACUAGCAUGUGGAGUGUGUUUACUAAAUGUAGAUUCACGUAGUAAGAAAGAAGAGAGUCCUGCAGUGGAGCAACAUAGAAAAGCUUUUAAUUCUGAAACGGACAAUUUCAAGCUCUCCUACGGAGGACACCAGUAUCAUGCAAGCUGUGCAAAUUUCUGGAUUAACUGCGUGGAGCCCAAACCGCCUGGCCUUUUCCUUCCAGAUUUACUAUGAUAGUAACUUUUAAAAGAAGCUGAAGUCGCAGUCACUUAGUAGAUACUCCACAUGAACGUCUCUGGGCAUGAUAUUGCAGUGUGAACGCUUACAGCAUCAAGAGAGCCACUAGUCAUCAUCACUGCCAGUGCUGAUUUAUUUGACCUAUCCUGCCGAAAGUCUCUGCUAUUGUAAACUGCAUUAGGUGAAUACA